AGAUGAAUAUUUGCCAGCACGGGGAUUGUCACAUUCUGAACGAGGAGCCUGGUUACCAUUGUGACUGUAAGCAGGGCUAUUACGGUGACGUUUGCGACAAAUUCAACCCUUGUUCCCUAGAGCCAUGCGAAAAUUUCGGCAAGUGUCAAAACAUAUCGAGUAACAAAUAUCGCUGCGAGUGCUUACCUGGAUUUUCCGGACAAAACUGCAGUGAUUUCAAUCCAUGUGCUAUAAGACCCUCUCCUUGCUUGCACAGUGGACGUUGUGAAAGCACUGCCAGCCACAAGUAUCAGUGCUACUGCACAAAAGGCUAUUACGGAAAAACUUGCCAGUUCUAUGAUCCAUGUUCCAUUGAUCCUUGUCGUAAUGGAGGAAAAUGCCAAAAUUCAUCUCAGGAAGAAUAUGUGUGCAGAUGUGUACCAGGUUAUACAGGUAAACAGUGUGAAACAGACAUCGACGAAUGUUCGUCAUCCCCAUGUAAGCACGGUGGGACUUGCAGAGAUUUAAUUAAUUCAUUCCACUGCCGCUGUGCACCUGGUUAUAAAGGAAAAAGGUGUCAUCUAGUAGAGCACUGUCCUCCGAACACUCUCCACAGUAAUAAAGGUGUGUUCCGCUGGAACUCCACUUCCCACGGGAGGGCACAGUUGAUAGAGUGUCCUUUCGGCUCCACUUACCCUGAUCGAGAAUCUGCCACUGGAUUUGCCAAGAGGCGUUGUUACCUCCUGUCCAACGGAUCUGUCGCCUGGGGACAGACUGAUCUCACCAGCUGCAGAGAAGAGGGUUUCAAAAAUGCGGAAGAUUUAACCGGUGAACUUUGGAUUUUAACAGAAGACCCAAAACAUCUGAAUAUUGAAAGACUACAAGUAGCGACAAAGCAAAUUGAAGGUGUUCUGGAUUACGCCAUUUAUGAUAAAAAGAUAGCUCACAACAUGUUAUCAAUCGUUAGUAAUUUAUUGGCAAUUAAUGAAUCUCUGCUAUGGAUCGGUGAUUUUAAUGGAUCAACAACUGCAAGGAUAACAGAUCUUGUUGACAGAUUUGCCUCUGAAGUCAACUUAGCAAAAGGUGAAGACAUAGUAUUGGUGACAGAGAAUCUCGUAGUCAGAGCUGUGUCGUGGGAUCCUGAAAUUAAUGGCCUGAAUGGGGAGGACUUAACUUUUUCUGUCCAUUACCAGGCACGGAAGAGACGAGAAAAUGAAAGUAAAGGUAGAUACAAACCUCUGCCACCUUCGAAGACUUUCUGGGAGGAAAUGAACGAAGAAAAAUCACCUUCUUUCUACAAUGAUGCUGAAUUGACUAUUCCGACUGAAGCGUUAUUUGUGGCCCAGAACCAAUCCUAUCAAGAGCUCAGAAUAAAGUUUGUGGCUUACAAAAAUGACAAGUUUUUUAGAGAGAAACCCACUGCCAGGUGGAAAGAAUGCUACGAUAGUCAUAACUAUAGAAAGAGAUACAACUGUUUCUAUACUGGUACAUCAGGAUUUUCAGGUCGUCGAGUCUUACAAGCAAGCGUACUCAACACAACUAUAGCCAACUUGUCAAGCCCUUUAAUGUAUGUGUUGCCUUCACCAACUAAUGUGAAAGUGUUUUGUGCAUAUUGGAAAGAGCAAGAACGUUCUUGGUCUACUGAAGGUUUGAUUACAAAUCAAAGUGGAAAUUCAACAACAUGUUUAGCAUUCCAUAUGACGUCGUUCUCUUUAUUAUUGGACCCAACCCCUUAUGAUGGGAUCAAUACUAAUCACUUUUUCCCUCUGUCUAUGGUUUCAUAUAUUGGCUGUGGUCUAUCUAUGCUCGGCCUUCUACUAACUAUCAUCACUUACUCAAUUUUCAGGUGUUUGAAUAAGGACCAUCAGGGUCGUAUUUUAAUCCAUUUGUGCAUUUCAAUUCUGAUGAUGAAUGUUGUAUUCAUAGUCGGAUCUCAGAGGGGAUUGAUCCCCUAUGAUAUAGAUGUCUGCGCAAUUGUUGCUGUCCUCAUCCAUUAUUUCACGCUGUCCUCAUUAGCGUGGAUGUGUGUUGAAGGAAUCAAUAUGUAUCGCCUCCUCAUUCAUGUGUUUGCAUCGACUGAAGCACACUUUAUGCUGAAAAGGGCUGUUAUAGCAUGGGGUAUACCAUUUGCCAUUGUGGGAACAACAGUUUUAAUGGACUGGGAGGUUUAUUUAAACCAAAAUGAAUAUUGCAUGCUUAAUGCUGAGAAUCCAUAUGUGUACUACAUCAGCUUCCUUGGACCAUCCUGUAUCAUCUUACUUAUAAAUCUGAUAUUUUUUCUGAUGAUAACUAAAGCGCUCUGCACUUUAAAGGAUGACUCCAUCAAGAAAACUCCACAGUGCCCCAAGAAAGAUAAAUGUCUCGUCACCAAAGCUCAAAUUAGAGGAGCGUUCACAGUUAUGGUUCUUCUUGGCGUAUCAUGGGUUUUCGGAGUAUUCGCAAUUGGUGAAGCUCGACUCAUUUUCCAGUAUGUAUUUUCCAUUUCCAACUCCUUGCAGGGAUUUCUCAUAUUUCUUGUCAGAUGCCUGAUGUAUUCUGAAGCUAGAAGCGCUUGGUAUCAACUAUUCAAAACAGGAAGCUUUAAAAAAUGCCAAGGCGUUGUCCCUCAAACCAGUUGGUCAACUAAGUCUGGACACAACAAAGAAAAUGGGCUGACAACGAACACACGAAUCGGCAGCACCGAUAUGAAUGACACAGGCGCAUUCAACACAAAUGCUUUCUGGGGUGAAAAGGGAUCUCUUCCGAAUGACAUAAUAUCUAGUGUUCGGGAAGAUUGCUGUAAUGCCAACUACAAGAAUUCGCUGCCAACCAUUCCCUCGGAUAUGGUUUUGGACUACUCGCCAUCCCAGAGAGGGUCUGCGCAGCUCUUGACCUUCAGCAACAGUGGAAACACCUUGAGAAGCUAUAAAGAUGAGCUGUCUAAAGACAGCACAAGUGUCAAAAGUCUCAGAUCAGUUUCAAAACUCGAAGAGAAAAAUGGCAGUUUAAGUGCAGCUGGAACCCCGUGCAGCAACUAUUCCACAGCGAAAACGUCAACUAUCUCCGAAGAAGCCACAAAACGAAUUAGCUCUGAAAUGUACUCCACAUCAGAGAACAAAUGCGAAGUUGACGUUUCCAAAGAUAUUGAAUUCAAUUCGCUACCAGUAGAAAUUCAAGAUAAAAAUUCUUUCGAUUCACCCCAGAGAUAUAUAGAUGAAAGAAGUGAAUUGCGAGACAAAAUCGUUGCGACCACUCUCGAUCGAAAUGUCAACUCAUUCAAAACAUCGGAUAUUUUUGUGUCUGAGUUGGAUAAAUUGAAUUCUUGGCCACGUACUUUAAGCUCAUUUGCUGGAGGUAAAGAUCACGCAAGCUCAUCUGUUUACAGUAAGAACAACGCCAACCAAAAGCAUCUUCAAAAGCUUACGGAUGACCACGACCACAGUUCUUGCCAAGUUAUUCCCCUCCAGAGCAGACCAACAACAUCUACAGUAUUACCUUCGUUCUCUCCUUCUAUUAGAGCCGCCGAGUGCCAUCAUUUUAGCUUCAGCGUCCAUUCUCCCGCAUCGCUCCCUGAGAAAUCUUCCGGACACAUUAUCCAUCAUCACUUGCAUCAACACCACCAUGUUAUAUCGGAUAAACAUUCGGUCGAUAUGCCAUACCGCAUUCCUACUACUUAUCCUACUACCCCACUGAAAUACCAUUUUGGUGAUAAUAUGGCUGAAAGGAAGUCGAUUGCUUCUGUUAAAAGUGAUGACUCAGCAGGUCUGGAGAGCCAAACUCAUAGUGAGGUUGUUUUAAGUCCGGAUCAGGAUACUUUAAGGAUAUGGGAGAUACAGAAGCAUGUCUCUAAUGAUGAAACAUUGUUGGAAGAUUCUAUAUCAUCUAAACUUUAAGACAAUUCAUUUAAAUCUCAAACCAUUCUCCAAUUCUCAUUUUUAUUGAGUGUUUUAUCCGAAUUUGGGACAUAUUUUUGCACAAAAUCUAAAUACGUCUGUGAUAAAUUUCAAUUCUAAAGUAAAGCUACUUAUAUAUUGCUCGGAAUGUCAGCCCGUACGGCUUCAAAGAUGGACACUUUUUGUAAAUUAAUUUUUGAUUAAUACGUUACUCUAUAACACGUAAAAUGAUGAAAUCAUUCACACAAAAAAAAUGUGUCAUUAAGAUCAUUAGGCAAGAAUGCGAUCAAAACUCAUCUUAUAGAUGGCAUCAUAUUAUCAAAAGUAUAAUUUUUUAAACUUUAAGUUGGAAAAAAAAUAUGCGAUCUUUUUCUAGAAAAGAAA